UCUCUCAUAAUGUCACAUGCAAUUUCUCAAAUAGUCUCCAACUAGUUAAUAUCGAUGCAGCACAAGAUGGAACUUCCAAUGAAAAAAUCGUCGUCAUCGUCUGAUCAUUGUCAAAACGACGCUGUCGUUCAAGACCCUUACAGAUUCGCUUACAUCAUUCACUUCUUCCUCGGGGCCGGAAACUUGCUCCCCUGGAAUGCGCUCAUCACCGCCGUCGAUUACUUCAGCUACCUCUAUCCGAAGAAGCACACGGAGAAGGUUUUCUCUGUGGCUUACAUGACAUCGUCUGUGCUGGUUCUUUUCGUGAUGAUGAGCUGGCCGAGAGCUUGGAGUAAGAUAAGCUUAAGGUUGAGGAUGAACUUGGGGUUCUCGUUGUUUGUCUUCUCUCUCAUGGUGCCACCUGUAAUUGACUGGGCUUCUGCGGCUGGCUGCUGCAGCCGUGGUGGCGAUGGCGGCGGCGGCUCAAGGCCGAGCGGGGCGUACGGCCUAACUGUCACGGCGGUGAUCAUUUGUGGGAUAGCCGAUGGAUUGGUCGGGGGGAGUUUGGUAGGUUCGGCUGGCAAGCUGCCAAAACAGUAUAUGCAAGCGGUUUUUGCUGGAACUGCUUCCUCAGGCAUUAUAAUUUCAAUCUUGAGGAUCAUAACAAAGGCCUCCCUCCCUCAAACACCCAAAGGCCUCCAAACAAGUGCCCACUUGUACUUCAUCGCCGCCACCAUCUUCCUCCUCUGUUGCAUCAUCUUCUGCAACUUGCAGUUCAAGUUACCGGUCAUGCAACAAUACUAUCUCCACCACGGCAUUCCGGACAUCGUCAUCGUUGGGAACUCGCUGUGUUCUUCAGCGCCGAGGUUCUGGGCCAUCGCGGCGAAGAUCAGGUGUCAUGCUUUCGGAAUCUUCAUAAUCUAUGUAGUGACUCUCUCCAUCUUCCCUGGAUUCAUUGCAGAAGAUCUUGUGUCCGAGCUAUUCAAGGAUUGGUACCCUAUUUUGCUUAUAUCAGUUUAUAAUAUAGCAGAUCUUAUGGGGAAGUGUUUGACUGCGUUUUAUAUUGUGAAAUCAAUCAAAACGGCAACGUGGGCUUGCAUUUCUAGGUUCUUGUUCUAUCCUCUGUUCAUAGUUUGUCUUCAUGGACCGAAGUGGCUUAAAUCAGAGGGACCAAUUGUGGUUCUGACAUUUGUGCUUGGGCUGACCAAUGGAUUUUUGACAAGUUGCCUUAUGAUUGUCGCACCAAAGUCUGUGGUGCAGCCAUCGGAAUCUGAGUUAAGCGCCAUUGUGAUGAUCGUUUUUCUCGGGUUCGGGUUGGUGGGUGGGUCGGUUCUUGGGUGGGUUUGGUUAAUAUGAGCUUGCUUUUUGUUUCUUGUUGCGAGGUUAUUCAUGGAACUCUAAUGUAUGCACUUAGGACGAUGAUUGAUCUUUGAUAAGUGAUAAGAUU